CCUGGAGCAGCUACCAUUUUGCAAAAGAUUUUGCUCAACACGUGUUCCCCGGUAGUUUCUUUGGCUUAAUAUUAAUAAAAUAGCAGCAAUGGCUGAGGAAUCAUUCUAUGGAGUUACUCUGACCGGCGAAGGCACCGUUGUGACGUGGGACUGCGAUGAGGAUUACGCCCGCGGACAGAAGCUGGUGAUCAAACAAAUUCUGCUGGGCGCCGAGGCCAAGGAGAAUGAGUUCAACGUGGUCGAGGUUAACACAGUGAAGGAUUCGGUGAAAAUUCCGAUCGCCGUUCUCAAGGCCGGCGAGACGCGCGCCGUGAAUCCCGAUGUUGAGUUCUACGAGUCCAAGGUGGAGUUCAAGCUGCUCAAGGGCAACGGACCCGUCUACAUCCACGGCCACAACAUCAAGGACGAUGUGGAGGUGGUCGACAUGGAGGAGGAGGAGGAAGAGGACGAAGUCGCCGAGGACGAGGAGGAUGAGCACCCAAAGAAGCGCGCCAAGAUCGAGAAUGCCGCCGAUGGAAAAAAUAACAAAAACAACAAGAAGAAGUAAAUGCAUGUUAAGCCGCCAACCCAUCCAUCGAGGUUUAAGCUAUGCACCUGUAGAUUUUAAAGAAAAAAAAAACAGUUUUAGGCCCUAUAUUACAGUACGAUGCUGCAUACUGAGAAUACUAUCUUGUAGUUCCUUUCGCAGAACAGCACUUAAACUUUCACUUCAAAGACAACGUUGUGUGCUCAGUUCGUGUAUUCCUGCAAGCGAAAAGUCUUUGAAGUUAUCCCUUUUAUUGUGGGAUUAGACUGCUGCAGAGAAUUCUACGCAACUUUUGAACGCACAGAUUUGUAUAUAUAAUAAACUAAAGCUAAGCCGGACUUCCUGUACGCGCCUCCUUCAUAUUUUUGCAGUAUGAAAAUAAACUGUCGUCGGAAUACAA